GUCGGAGACUGAGAAGACCAAAGGGACGAGGGCAAGCCAGCGAGGCCUUUACUGAAGAAAGGAGAAAGAAACGCUUUAGGAAAGGUCGCCAUGAAUCCCAGAGAAGGCCCCAGCGAUAAGACAGGGCGGCAGUACUGGCUGACGCCCCUAAGGCCCGACCAGCAGUUGCCCGAGGCCUUGAAGGUGAAGGGCCACCUGGUACCGGACAGCAGUUCCUCUGAUGAGGAAUCGGUGGAUUUCUCCCUAGACGACUUCCAGAUUGUGGGCAAGGAGACCCUCUUCCAGGUGCUCCAGGACUACGAGAAUAAGGACCAGAUUGUGAGGACGAGGCCGAGGGAGGAGAACGACUCGGCCGUGGAAAAGACUCGGGACCGCCCGCCCGGCAGCUCCCUGUACCACGUGAAGCUGAGCCAGUCCGACCUCGAGCUGCUCGAGAAAGGCGCGGGCCCCCCCCCCAAGCCGCUGAGCAAGAGCAGCGAGUACCGGCUCAAGGCCCAGCACCUGCUCAAGUUGGCCGAUCGCCUCCUGACCAAGGGCCAGGCCUCGGAGGAGGAGGAGCCCCGCCCCUCCAAGGGAGGGCACCGCGUGCACGGCCACUCGACGAAGCGCCCGUCUUUGCACAGCCCGGACGAGGCGGGCAGAGCCCACGGGCCGGCCCCGAGCCGCACCACGGAAGACGGGUCGGCGAGGCUCGAGAACCUCGAGGACAAGAACAACGACAGCAACGAGGGGCCGUCGUUCCGAGGGAGCCCGAGAGGGACACGCCACAAGGUCGGGAGCCCCGGGCCUCCGCUCUCUUCCGGCUCCCAGAGCGACCCCCCGCCGCGCGUUGUCAGCCUCGUCCCCAUGCCGCGGCAGCUCCCCUUAACCUACUUCACCCCCCCUAUGAGCUUCUCGGCCUCCCAAGACCUCCGGGAGGAGGACGACCAGGAGAAAGAGAAGCAGGAGAAAGAGGAGGAGGACGACCACGACGACCCACUCAUGUUCCCAGACCAGGCUUCAAAGAAGUUUUCUGGAGAUGUCUUAAGAGCUCACAAUGACUAUAGACAGAAACAUGGCUGCCCCCCAAUAAAACUCGACAACAAACUGAACCGUGAUGCACAACAGUAUGCAGAGGCACUGGCUAUUACAAAGGUUCUCAAACAUAGCUCAGAAUCCAGUAGGGGAAAUUGUGGAGAAAAUCUAGCAUGGGCUUCAUAUGAUCAACCAGGACAGGAUGUAGCUGACAGAUGGUAUAGUGAAAUAAGAAAUUAUGACUUUAAGAGUCCAGGAUUCUCCCCAGAAUCAGGACAUUUUACAGCAAUGAUAUGGAAGAGCACAAAGAAGAUGGGGAUUGGAAAGGCCUCUGCAAAUGAUGGUUCUUCAUAUGUGGUUGCCAGAUACUUUCCAGCUGGAAAUAUUGUCAAUCCUGGUUUCUUUGAAGAAAACGUCCCUCGUCCUGAAAAGAAAUGAUUUUGAAAACGCAAACAUUAAUUGUGGACUGCAGAGUGUAACAGUGAAAAAGUCUAUGAAAUCUGAAGCUUGAUGCCUAUGUUUACCUGUCGCUUUGACAGCACACACUCUAAUACACAUUAUGAGUGUGAAUUGACUUAAGGCUUAAAAUAAACAUUUAAUGAUAUGAUACAGCUACUUGGACUAUCAUUAUAUGAACUUUGCAUUAAAAAAAAGUAAUCAUUUCUUGUAACUUUUUUUAAAAAGCAAAUUGAUUGUAUAUUCUCCUCCUAUACUGUGUCCAGAACUCUGUUUUCUAAAUUUCCAUUAUUUUGAAAACAACUGAAGUGCUACAUUUAUCUUUAUGCAUUAUAGUUUGGUAUUAUUAUGAAUAUUGAAAAUAGUUUAAAAAACCUUAUGAUUUAUUCAUUUUAACUGAAAUCAAUUUUUGGUUUUAAAAUUAUAAAAAUAUUCCAACAUGAAUUUAUCAUCUUUGUAAAAGUUGAUAUGACCCGUAAGCUAAUCACCUUCCAGUGUGACAGAGAUACAAAAUCUAUGACAAACUUCACUUCCUCUUACACUUCCUAAUUUUUUUAAAAAGAAAAAUCUUCUAUAUUUCAGAACACCAUCAAGUUGGUCACGUCACGGUAUGGACGCUGGAUUUGGGUGAUUCCUGUGUUCAUGGCGAAGACCUAUCACACCAGCCUAUAUAUUGGCUUCAAUACUUUAAUAUUUUCCAGGCUGCACACCACCUUUUUUGACACAUAUUACAACCCAUCUGUGACAUAGUAUACAGUCUGCAUGAGUUUCUCUGCCUUCAAAAUUUAUCACUCAUUGACUUACCUUUUACUUAUAAGCCACUUCACAUCUAGCUAGGCUGGGCUUAGAUAACAGGAAUUCUGGCCACGUCCUUAACUCCAAACUUUUCUCAUUUGGGAAACCUUGCCUUCAGGAACCCAAAGUCACCUAAGUGCCCAUAUAUCAGAGUAAGACUUUAGUGAAUGAUUAACAUGUAUACAGCUAUAUGUGUACAUAUAUGCAGACAUGUAGCAUAAAACUUUAAACGAGGCAAAAGAAGCACUCUUUUUCCCCAUCCACGAUUUCUUAUUUCCUUGAACUUGACUGUGACCUUAGACAAGACUUCUCAGGACAGACCUGGAUGAGUUUGGUGGGAUUUGAAGGAUUAUUAACCGUUUCCUUGCUAUGGACCCUGCUAUCUCAAAGCAGGAAAUGAACAAAAGCAGUAUUCCUGGCAGCUCUGUAGUAUUACAGAUGUGCUAAUAUUGCCUCCCAGAGUCAUGUCAAAUGCACACAACUUAAAGGUCACAACACAAGUCACGUGUCCUUGAGAGAUUUUAGCAUAAAUAAUCCUGUGUUCUUUAGUUUGGUUCAGUAUUUAUAUUUGUGAAGUAUUUGCCUUAAGGUUAAAAUAUAUGUGCAUUUACAUAUUCAAACAUUGUAGCUAAUUAAUUCAAAAGAUCAUUCCCCAGAGUGUAUAUUCUAGAAAUUGAUGUUGUCUAUUAUUUCAGUUAUCUCUCCUUCGAAAAACCAGCUGUAGGAUUUGAAAUUGGUGUUUUACAAAUUCCAACUUAGAGUAAGUUUGAGUAGAAUGUUUUACGUUGUCAAAAUUGUUUGGUUUUUUUUAACGCUAAUUUUUUAUUCCUAAUGUAAUCCAGGGAUUUAAUGUUAUAGAGAACAUUAGAAAAUAAACCAUAUUUUUCAAAAAAUACAUUAUUGUGAA